CCUCGCUCGUGCCAAUCGGUUCGGAGUCUUGUUCCUGUCAAUCACCCUCUCCUGCAUGAUACCCCCCUUGCGUUGUCAUUUUUUGCUCCGUUUGAACGCUGUCCGCAAUGCCGCGGAGGCAAUAGCAGCACCAUGCCGAGUUACUCGUACCCUCACACCGCCGGUGCCAAUCCGUACCACCCCCGCCACCGAGAUUCAUUCACCGAGCCCACGACCUGGGAGUCUUUAAGAGAGAUGCUUCCGCUGUGGGCUACGCAGUGGAUUGUUGAUUUGCGCGCUUAUCGGACGCGAGUUACUGCGACUGGAGAAGAAGGGGUUAGGAGUCGCGCGGCCAUGAAAUCGUCAUUCCGGGCGCUGCCUGGUCGUUUGUUUACAGUUGUCAAUGCGCUGGUUGUAUUGUGGCUUUUUACGCUGUGGUGGGGUGAGAGGACUGUUUUCCACGAGAGCCUUGAGUCGUGCGAGUGGGGGAAUUGGGAGCAGUGGCCUCAAGAUGCCACGCCUCACCAUGUCGCCUUCGUCGCCGAUCCGCAGCUCGUCGACCCCCAUACAUACCCCGGUCGUCCGUGGCCUCUGUCGACGCUGACCGUCAAGUUCACGGACCAGUAUCUUCGGCGGUCGUUUUCCUUGAUUUCGAGCCGGCUGGGUCCCGACUCGGUGUUGUUUCUGGGUGAUUUGUUCGAUGGUGGUCGGGAGUGGGCUACAGAGACGACCUCUAGCCCCGAGGAGCGGUACAAGAAGUACAAAGAUGGGUUUUGGAAGAGUGAAUUCCACCGCUUUAUGCGCAUCUUCGCCCCCCAGUUCAAUGAGGGUGACGCGGUGUCCAAGGAUCCGCUAGGUCGCACGAUGAUGGCUAGUUUACCUGGAAAUCAUGAUCUGGGGUUUGGCACUGGCGUUCAGGUACCCGUUCGCGAUCGGUUCCAGGCCUUCUUUGGUAAGGGGAACCGUGUGGACGUUAUUGGGAAUCAUACUUUCGUCUCCGUCGACACCGUAUCCUUGAGUGCCAUGGAUCAGCCGGACCCGGUGACAGGGAGUAUGGGUGUCGGAUCGGGAGACGGCGAGCAACCGAACGCACGGAUCUGGAAAGAGGCGGAAGAUUUCCUGAACAACAUGGGUUUGCACCGGGGUAGGGCAGAGGCAGAGAGACUGCGCAUGAUGCGGAACGAAAGCGAAGGUAUCCUAUUUGACCACCGCAUCGUGGAUAACAUCGCCGAGCCCACCGUCCGUCAACACUCCAAAAAAGAGAUUGCCGGCCUCCCCGCCAUCCUCCUCACCCAUGUUCCACUAUACCGCGAGCCCGGCACGCCAUGCGGGCCUUUACGAGAACAUUAUCCCCCCUCGGAGCCGGGCCUCGAAAAGGACGACCGGAACGCACUCACCAUCGCCGGCGGCUACCAGUACCAGAACGUGCUGACCCCAGCGAUCACAAAAGACAUCAUCACCAAAGUCGGACCCAACCUCGUACACGUCUACUCCGGCGACGACCACGACUACUGCGAAGUCGCACACCGCGAGUUCAGCGGAUCGCCUAAAGAAAUCACCGUCAAGAGUCUCUCCUGGGCGAUGGGCGUCCGCAAACCAGGCCUAGUCCUCACCAGCCUCUGGAACCCCAUCGACCCCGAAACAGGGAGACCAACCACCGACCGCGCCGGUCCCGCGACAGUGCAAAACCACCUCUGUCUACUCCCCGACCAGCUCACCAUCUUCAUCAACUACGGCCUCCUCUUCGCAUUCACCCUUAUCAUCCUGCUCCUCCGCGCCGCUGUACUCGGCCUCCGUCCGCCCCAAUCGGAUCCCAACUUCAGCCCCAUCCUCCCCCUCCAAGAACAACCUCCCCGCCAAACAUUGCACUCCAAAUCCCCUUCCUCCAGCACAUCCAGCUCGACGUUCGCCCCCGGCGGCCUAGCUAGCCGCGCCACGAACGCCAACCCCCGCCUCUCUGACCCGUCUUACAACGACGACGCUGACGCUGACGCGUAUAACUCCAAAUGGAAAGGCGUACACUCGUCUCGCCAUCGGCGAAAGCCGGGUCUGUCUCUCGUUAAGGAUGUAAUGGUUGGGUCUGUGAUAGGCGUGGCGAAGAUCGUUUUGCCGGUUUAUUUCUUUUUGAUCUGGCGGUGGUAGAUCUAGUUGGUUAUAUGCAUAUUUGUAUAGGACCGGAUGGUCGGAUUUAGAUUAGUGACGUUUGAAGCGCAUUGAAUCAUG